GUUUUUUUUACGGAGGCUGCAGAGACUCAGAGGAAAGGUGCACAUGUGUGAAGAGAUUUAAAGACAUCAGAUUAUUAACCCAGAUAAUGGAAAGAAGAGCGUAUCAUGGUGGAGGCAUCUCCUAGGCAAGAACAAGAUGAGCUAUCCAGAAGCCAGAAGCAGAGACCUGAUCCAGAUGAGCCUUCUGAUGCAGACCAAGACUCAGAUGGUUCUACUGUGCAGAAGAAGACUCAAAGAAGGCUCUGGAGUGAUUUGGAAAAAAAAGCAGUUUGGCAGCAACUUGGAAAUUGCAUGACUUUGAUGACCGUUCCUGACUCUGUCAGGCUGGUGAAUGGGACCAGUCUGUGCUCAGGCAGACUGGAGGUGAAGACUAACCAGUCUGCCGAGCGCUGGUCCUCAGUGUGUGAAGAGGACUUUGACCAGCAGGAUGCAGAGGUGGUCUGUAGGGAGCUUGGCUGUGGGGCUCCUUCAGUCCUCCAGGGGGCGCUCCAUGGAGAAGUGGAGCCUCCAAUGAGGACCAAAGAGUUCCAGUGUGGAGGCCAUGAGUCUGCUCUCCUGGACUGUAGAAGCUCAGUCCCAGAUAGAAAAACCUGCUCACCUGGAAAAGCUGUUGGACUCACCUGCUCAGAGUCUGUCAGGUUGGUGGGAGGAGCCAGUCGCUGUUCAGGAACACUGGAGGUGAAACAAGGAGAAUGGAGACCAGUGGGUUACUCUGUCUGGACACUGAAGACAGCAGCUGCUGCCUGCAGAGAGUCAGACUGUGGCUCUGCUGUUUCUUUAGAAGAGAGAGAAGAGUCCUCAGACAGAUCUGUGUGGUGGAUCAGGUCUGGCUGUGUUGAGUCUGGAUCUGCUUUGAGGGAGUGUGCUGCAUCAGGUUCCUCUGACUCCUUCCUUCAUCUCACCUGCUCAGACUCUGUCAGGCUGGUGAAUGGGACCAGUCUGUGCUCAGGCAGACUGGAGGUGAACACUAACCAGUCUACCCGCGCUGGUCCUCAGUGUGUGAAGAGGACUUUGACCAGCGGGAUGCAGAGGUGGUCUGUAGGGAGCUUGGCUGUGGGGCUCCUUCCAGUCCUCAGGGGGCGCUCUAUGGAGAAGUGGAGCCUCCAAUGA